AUCGGGGCGCGCGCUGCGGACGACGCUGUGGUUGCCGGAAGUUGAGCGGCGGGUUUCUACUGUAGAACAGCAACUGUGGCCUUGCGGACUGCUUCACCAAAUGACAGGUGUGGAAGAUCGUCUAGUCCGAGGGUCCUCAAACUGCAGCCUUCAGUAGGCAGCAAAUAAUGGCAGCAGCUCCGGGGGAUCCUGGGCUGUCCAAAUUGCAGUUCGCUCCCUUUAGCAGUGCCUUGGACGUUGGAUUCUGGCAUGAGUUGACCCAGAGGAAACUGAAUGAGUACCGGCUGGAUGAAGGUCCCAAGGACAUUAAGGGCUAUUACUACAAUGGUGAUUCUGCUGGGCUGCCAGCUCGCUUAACAUUGGAGUUCAGUGCUUUUGACAUGAGUGCUCCCACGCCAGCCCACUGCUGCCCAGCUGUUGGAACGCUCUUUAACACCAACACACUUGAGGCUUUCAAGGCAGCAGAUAAGAAGCUACUUUUGGAGCAAGCAGCAGAUGAGAUAUGGGAAGCUGUAAAAUCAGGUGCUGCUCUCGAAAACCCUGUCCUUCUCAACAAGUUCCUCCUCUUGACCUUUGCAGAUCUAAAGAAGUACCACUUCUACUAUUGGUUUUGCUUCCCUGCUCUCUGCCUUCCAGAGAGUAUACCCCUCAUUCAAGGGCCGGUGGGCUUGGAUCAAAGGUUUUCACUAAAACAGAUUCAAGGCCUUGAGCGUGCAUAUGAUGAUCUUUGUCAAACAGAAGGAGUCCCAGCGCUACCUUACUUCUUAAUCAAGUAUGAUGAGAACAUGGUGCUGGUUUCCCUGCUUAAACACUACAGUGAUUUCUUCCAAGACCAAAGGACAAAGAUAACAAUUGGUGUAUAUGAUCCCUGUAACUUAGCCCAGCAUCCUGGAUGGCCUUUGAGGAAUCUUUUGGUCCUAGCAGCGCACCGAUGGAGUAGCAGUUUCCAGUCUGUUGAAGUCCUCUGCUUCCGGGACCGCACCAUGCAGGGGGUGAGAGACAUUGCUCACAGCAUCGUCUUCGAAGUGAAGCUUCCAGAAAUGGCAUUUAGCCCAGAUUGUCCCAAAGCAGUUGGAUGGGAAAAAAACCAGAAAGGUGGCAUGGGACCGAGGAUGGUGAACCUCAGUGAAUGUAUGGACCCCAAAAGGUUAGCUGAGUCAUCAGUGGAUUUAAAUCUCAAAUUGAUGUGUUGGAGAUUGGUCCCUACUUUGGACUUAGACAAGGUUGUGUCUGCCAAGUGUCUGCUGCUUGGAGCUGGCACCUUGGGCUGUAAUGUAGCUAGGACAUUGAUGGGUUGGGGCGUCAGACACAUCACAUUUGUGGACAACGCCAAUAUCUCCUACUCCAAUCCUGUGAGGCAGCCUCUCUAUGAAUUUGAAGAUUGCCUAGCAGGUGGUAAGCCCAAGGCCCUGGCUGCAGCAGACCGGCUUCAGAAAAUAUUCCCUGGAGUGAAUGCCAGAGGAUUCAACAUGAGCAUCCCGAUGCCUGGACACCCAGUGAACUUUUCUAGCGUCACCCUGGAGCAAGCCCGCAGGGAUGUGGAGCAACUGGAGCAGCUUAUUGAAAGCCAUGAUGUCAUUUUCCUGUUGAUGGACACCAGAGAGAGCCGGUGGCUCCCUGCCGUCAUUGCUGCGAGCAAAAGAAAGCUGGUCAUCAAUGCUGCCUUGGGAUUUGACACAUUUGUUGUCAUGAGACAUGGCUUGAAGAAACCUAAGCAGCAGGGAGCUGGGGACUUGUGUUCUGGUCACCUUGUGGCGCCUACUGACCUCCUGGGCUCAUCACUUUUUGCCAACAUCCCUGGCUACAAACUUGGCUGCUAUUUCUGCAAUGAUGUGGUGGCUCCAGGAGACUCAACCAGAGACCGGACCUUGGACCAGCAGUGCACUGUGAGCCGCCCAGGACUGGCCAUGAUUGCAGGAGCCCUGGCCGUGGAAUUGAUGGUUUCUGUUUUGCAGCAUCCAGAAGGGGGCUAUGCCAUUGCCAGCAGCAGUGAUGACCGCAUGAAUGAGCCACCAACCUCUCUCGGGCUUGUGCCUCACCAGAUCCGGGGAUUUCUGUCACGAUUUGAUAAUGUCCUUCCUGUCAGUCUGGCGUUUGACAAAUGUACAGCUUGUUCUUCCAAAGUUCUUGAUCAAUAUGAACGAGAAGGAUUUAAUUUCCUAGCAAAGGUGUUUAAUUCCUCACAUUCCUUCUUAGAAGACUUGACAGGCCUCACUUUGCUGCACCAAGAGACCCAAGCUGCUGAGUUGGAACAAAAGGAAAUGGCCUUAAAGUUGAUGAAGCACAAGAUGUCCAAGUCAUGAAGUUGUUGAAGUGCUGACCAAAUGCUUUUAAAACUGCUGAAUUUGUUGAAGAAAGAAAGGCUCAGUAUAAAUCAGACAUGCAAAUGACUUAGCCAUCUUUCCAUAAAAUUUGCUGUGACUUACCUUCUUAGGGUUAUUUUUCAUCAAGUACCUGUUUGCAUGUACUGAGUUAGUUCCAACUGUGGGUUCAACAUUGUGCUGUGGGAAAUGCCAAAUAAUGUCAAACCCCACGUAAGUAGAGAGAAAAGACUGGUACAUAAGAGAGGUAAUAAAGCAAGCUAUAUCCCUGAGAAAUUCAAAUAACAAAAUUUCAUAAUCCAAUUCCCCUGAAAUGCUUCAUUCUCAUUUUCGAAGGUUUGCACAUUCCAUGACUCUAGGUUUUCCUCCCACGCCUUGACUAUAUCAUUCAUAUUUGAUGGCUGUGUCAUGCAGCUAUGAUUGCAAGAUUGCAGUUAAAGCACUUCAUUAAUAGAAUUUGCAUCUUUGUCCAGCAUUUGCUAAGCAGAACUUUUUUCCUGCAGAAUCAGAAACUAACAAAUGAUCGUUUAAAAAUAAAGUUUAAUGUCAAUAAUAGCAUAAGAUGUAAAAUCAUGAACAGGCUGGCAGAAAUAAAGAAGGCUGAGAGCCAAAGGGUUGAUUCUGAAUUAAAACUCAGGUUCUGACUCAUCUACUACAGAUUUCAGAAUUCUAGAAAAUAAAGUGCCCAUUUCUCUCAUAGCAGGAAAGUCAUAUGAAAAACAUUAUUUUUAGUCAUGUGAUAUGACUUCAUUGGCAUGACAAUUUACUAUUCAGCAAAGUAAAUAACACAAUUAACAAGUGUUUCUGCUGGGCCUUUUGCACUUACACUGAGUUUUUGGCCUCUCCCCCUCACAGAUGGUUUUGAUUUGGUUCCUGUGGAACAUUUUUUUUGUUUUGUUUUGUAUUUAACAACAGUCAGAUAUUUAUGUACAGCUUCAUCAAGAGCCUCUGAUGACAAAUAUGCCUUUGGAGGCCAGUAGAAGCUGUGGGAAACCCCCGUGUCAGCACUUAGACCUGUUUCCAAUGGAGAGAAAUCACUGUGGGGACUGACCUAGCCUGCUCAUGAAUCCAGUUCACUUUUCCCACAGCCUGUGCUCGCCCACUUCCAACCUGCACUGGCCCAUCCUUAGACUGUAUCCUGCCUUGAUUUUUCCUUAUGAAGCAAUCCCUGGAGACACAGCCUUGGCCUUCUCCCCUAAUUGCAGAGGAAAGGCAGAAACAACAGGCAGAAAGCCAUUUAAUUCUUAGAUUGGAAAUGAGAGCCUGGUUUUUGAAAUAAGGCUUGGCAGUAUCCCUUCAGAACUCACUUCAUAAAAUGAAUCCCUUUUAUUUGCUUUCAGAGUUAUCUACAUGGAUUUGAGAUGUUUAGAUAAGUUGGUGUUGGGGAAGGAUCCAAUUGGAGGAUAAACAAUGAAGUUUGGGCAGAGUCUCCACCCUUCCAAAGAGCAGUCUUGGAUGGUAUAAUCCACUUAGAGGUGUAUGGGAGAGAGAAGAGAAUCAUAAAUGCUAAAAGCAGAGUUAAAACAGCAGAUAUUGAGAAAUAGAACAUGGAAACUGCAUCCUAAAAUUUUAGUUCUUGAUCUGCUCGUGUUCUCCUGAGUACUUGUGUGAAUAACUUGAAAAUUUUGUGUAUGAUCUUCCCCCUUUAAAUUAAAGUGAUUGAACCAUAUGUGAAGUCCUUUUAGGCUCUAAUAAUCUGAUGGUUUUGUUUCAAAUAUAGCUGGUAUGACCAAGAAGUAAAACAA